AUGCCCAGGAAGCUGAGAGCUGCUGCCCAGGCUGCUGCGCAAUCAAUGAAGAAUGCCGCUCCUCCACUUCCCGAUGUUUCAGAUGAAGAAAUGGUUGAGGCCCCGCCAUCGCGUGAAUCCUCUCCCGCUGUAGUACCGGAAGAAGAAAACGAAGAAGACGAAGAAGCUGGACGAAAUUCGCCCGAGAAGGAGGACCCGGACGUUGAAUCCCAACCUGAGCCCGCCCCCGAGGAAUCCGAAGCCGCUGCUACACCCGUCCCAGCAGCAGAGUCGAACCCCCCUUCACGUGGAGAUACGCCCUCGCGAAUUGGCCCAGGUCGCUUCUCAGCCAUUCCGCGCAAACGGCGCAUCGGGCGUCCGCCCAAGAAUCGACCUCCAGACUGGGAUCUUCCAGAUGAUGGAUCCGCGCCGCCGCCGAUUCAUGUGAGCACGCCAGUGAGGCGGAAGCGUGGACGGCCUGCGGCUAGUGGUGGGCGCUGGGCGAGAAACCGCGGUCCGUCACAUGUAACCCAGGUGCCGAUUGAUAAGGAGGGGAAUAUGCUGGAUGUGAUUGAUGAUGAAGUGGCUCUUCCCGAUGAUCUGGAGGGAGAGACGAAGGUUGAUAAGAAUGGUGUUCUCAAGGGUGAUAGGGAGUAUCGGGUCCGGACGUUUACGAUUCUCAAUCGCGGGCAGCGGCAUUAUAUGUUGUCUACCGAACCGGCGCGUUGUAUUGGGUUCAGGGACUCAUAUCUGUUUUUCCAGAAGCAUAAGCUUCUUUACAAGAUUAUUAUCGACGAUGACGCGAAGCGCGACUUGAUUGAGCGAGAGAUUAUUCCUCAUUCCUACAAGGGUCGAGCCAUUGGUGUUGUCACGGCCCGGUCUGUGUUCAGAGAGUUUGGUGCCAAGAUUAUUGUUGGGGGUAGGAAAAUCGUCGAUGAUUACGAUAUCAAGGCCGCUAGGGAGCGUGGCGAUGUUGAGGGUGAGCUUGCGGUUCCGGAGGACAGGCUGCCCCUUCCAGGAGAGCCAUACAACAAGAACCAGUAUGUGGCCUGGCAUGGAGCCAGCAGCGUUUAUCAUACGAGCACGCCUUCUGUUCCUCUACCGACCGGUAAGGCGGUGGACUCCAAGAAGCGAAAGGUCACAGUCACCGGCGAUAACUGGAUGCUUGAACACGCUCGUGAAGCUACCAAUUUUAACUCGGCAAUUCUCCAUGCUCGGCGCCAAACCCUGGACGGUAUCUAUGAUAUUCACACCAAUAUCAUGCAGUACCCCAAGAUCAUGCAACCUACACAUGCUCGAUGGGAGCGACUACCACCUCCUGACCCGCGGACUACCGCCAAGCUAGCCCAGGAAAUGUCCACCCUUACAUUGACAAAUGGCACAAGCAAUGGGAAUUCCGAGGCAGAAGGCGAGACGCCUGUUGAGCAUGUUGACGUUGACAAGCCAGAAGAAGAAGAAGAAGAAGAAGAAGAAGAAGACGAAGAAGAAGAAGAAGAAGAGACAAGCAACGCCUCCAUCUUCUCAUCCAUUCCAGCUGCCUUCUCGCGCCGAUUUGCCAUCCACGAUCUUCAUUUUGAAAGCCCUCCAUACUCCAAUAUGGGCGUGCCUGGCCCAGACGGAGAUGUUUACGAUCUCGGCACAAACGGGUUCACCAGCGCCUCCAACCCCAAGUACCCGGAGUUCGUGAGCCCCGAGGUCCUGGAAGAGCUACCAGCUGAGUGCAAGGAAGCCCUCAUAGACGCCGCAUCACAAGAAUGGGAAUGGAAAUCCAGGUGGCGUAGUGAGGUCGCUGACGGCGCUCGCACCGCUCCGCUUAAGAGUUAUGCCUGGUUUCCUUAA